GUAGAAGAAGAUGUUUUACAAUGUGAUAAUAUUCCCUGAUAAAUGUAGGCUUCAUCUAUCACCCCAGAAUCUCAGGAUACUCAGUGUCACAGCAGUACAAGCUUCUGGUUGACUGGUGUUGAAAGACUUAAGUUCAUGGUUGGUGAUGGCUGAUAUAGAUGUUGACAAUGGCUUGUCUGGCGAUGUUCAUGGUGAUUCUGUUUAUGGCGAUGUUCAUGAUGUUUCUGUUUAUGGUGAUGUUCAUGGUGAUUCUGUUUAUGGCGAUGUUCAUGGUGAUUCUGUUUAUGGUGAUGUUCAUGGUGAUUCUGUUUAUGGCGAUGUUCAUGGUGAUUCUGUUUAUGGUGAUGUUCAUGGUGAUUAUGUUUAUGGUGAUGUUCAUGGUGAUUCUGUUUAUGGUGAUUCUGUUUAUGGUGAUGUUCAUGGUGAUUCUGUUCAUGGUGAUUCUGUUUAUGGUGAUUCUGUUUAUGGUGAUGUUCAUGGUGAUUCUGUUUAUGGCGAUGUUCAUGGUGAUUCUGUUUAUGGUGAUGUUAAUGGUGAGUAUGUUUAUGGCAGUGUUCAUGGGGAUUAACGUUUACAGUGAUCCCUAAUGGUGAUUAUGGUAUUUAUAGCCAUGUAUGUUGUUUUUGAGUCUUCUGGAGAUUCCUGCACUAAAUGGAAAUCUUUGAAUUCAACAUCAUGUCUGAAAGCAUUUCAAUCUCACAAUUAAAGUAUAAAGUACAAGCAUGUCCUGUUCACUUCAUUGAUUUUUCAAAAAGACGGAUUACAGAAUCCUCUGAAACAAUUCCCAGUUGGCUGUGUUGUAAGAGGCCUUUUACUUCCAAGUGUAUGUCACUUGAAUACUGAUAGAGCCUUCCUGAUUGUCAGAUUAGAAAACCUACUGCAUCAUACUUUUUUCUUUUUAAAAUGCAAGUUUAAUCAUAGUGUGCUCAUUAAGGGAAAGUUGGAUUUGGUUCUUAUGUAUGAAGAUUUUUUUUGCAUUAGGUAAAGGGAAUUCCAUCCCACCACCAGCCCAAACACGACCCCUACGUCAAUAUGUCAUGUUCAUUCACCCACUGACAAUGUCACAGAGCCUGCCCAUUUUGGUUUGAUCUUACGACAGGCACAGUGUAAUGGGGACUUAUUCUAACAAGGCAUCCUCCGGGCUAGAGAAGCACAGUGUAUUGGGGACUUAUUCUAACAAGGCAUCCUCAGGGCUAGACAAGCACAGUGUAUUGGGGACUUAUUCUAACAAGGCAUCCUCCGGGCUAGAGAAGCACAGUGUAUUGGGGACUCAUUCUAACAAGGCAUCCUCCAGGCUAG